GCCUUUUGAUUUACAGAUUCCAGCCGACACAGAUGAACACUUGACUGCAUUUCGUAUUCGAUUACAAUCAGACAGGACUUCUAUUUACUUUUCCCGUUUUGUUCAUGUUAUUUUCAAUACAGCUCUAGAAAUCCCCCGAAUCUGGACUUUGAGUUCAGUCUGGUUGACAGAAGAAAAUGCUUGGAGUAUCUGGUCCGAUAGCCUACGGUAUUGUCGCUGAGAAUAUGCCGCAGAAAGAUAUGAAAGUAUGCUUCCUUGGGUCCUAUUGUGUUGGGAAAACCAGUAUAACCCAAAGAUUCGUCAAAGGAAGAUUUGAUGAGGAAUAUAUCAGCACUAUCGGAGCUGCAUUCUUGUCAAAAUCACUCUUCUUUCAAAACAUCGAAUAUCGCUUUGCAUUAUGGGAUACAGCGGGGCAAGAAAGGUUCCGUUCAUUGGCCCCUCUGACGUACAGAUCUGCAGCCGCCGCAUUAAUAGUUUAUGACAUCACGAAACAGGAUUCUUUCGAUGAGGUUGAUUUCUGGUUAUCAGAGCUGAGGCGGGAAGGUCCUGAAGGAAUCUUGAUUUAUGUGAUUGGGAAUAAAGUAGAUCUUGAAGCAUUCCGUGUAGUAGAUCAGGAAGUAGCAGAGAAAUUCGCCCAAACUAAAGGGGCAUUUCAUUUUCAUACCAGCGCCAAAACGGGCCAGGGUGUCGAGGAAAUGUUUUUUAAUCUUUGUCAAAUGGAUUUCACUAAGACGUCAUUAAAAGAAAAUGGAUGCAUGCAUCAUCAAAACACCAUCGAUGUAUCAAAUUCAACUAAUUCAGAUGUAAACAAUGGCGGUCAUCGAGAUCGAUGUCGAUGUCGGAACACAUGAUGACGUCACAAAUAAUCCAAAAGACUAGAUAAUUCAGCAAGCAAUCAUUAUGUUACUUAUACCUAUUGUCUUUUGAAACUGUAUCAAUGCCAACCAAGAUCAUUGUCAAUGACAAAAUAUUUGGUGUGCAUGGUCAGAUAUCGGCUCCGAUUCAUGUGAAGGCUGUGAAACAUUGCUUAGGAACAAUAAUCAUGUUUUGAAGAGCAAUUAGCAGCUGGGAUUGACUUCCUAAGUUAUACAUGUCUGGAACAUUUUCCUACUCUAAAAAAUAUUGGGUAUAAGUGCUUCAUGAGGGUGAUAAAUUGUGUCCAACCAAUAUUUCUUUUGGGCAUUUUUAUUUAUCCAGUGUGAUGAAAAUUCUGCCCGUUCUACAGCGCGUAUCAAAAAAAGUUUACACUUUGAAAAAGCUCUGGGAAUUAAAACAUAUACAACAUGUAGGUAUUUUUUUCACAUAUAAUCUUGGCUUUGGGUCUGAUCUAUCCAAUGAAAGUAAAAGUUUUGACAGAAUGUCACACUUGAGUGAGUACUGUCCAUUUUUGUAAAGCUCGCAGAAAUCUGUUUGCGCAGAAAUGCUCGUUUUCACGUGUGUCAAGGGGAAAGGACGAAAUCAAACUUACCCUGUAAAACAUUUCUUAUACAUUUCUUAUACAUUUCCCUUGCACUUUAAUUCAAUUGCAAUAUAAAGGAUACAUUCAAGCAUUUUGUAACAAUUUUGCCCCCCAAAUUGAAAUUUUAACACUUCUAAGCACAACUUUUACCCUUUUUGUGCCAGCUGGAUCUGAGGACAUAACUGAAUCUGAACAAAAGUUUGUAUCAGACAUCUCCAGCAUUUUUUCACUAAGUUUUAAUCAUUUAAAGUGGGUUUACAUUUCAAUUUUUCAUUUUAAACUUGUUUCUCCACACUUUUCCCAAGCUUGACAAUGAUUAACAAAAUGAAAAUCAAGCCUAAGCCAUUUCAUGUAAAUCACAGCUCAGUGUAAAGCAAAUAUCGUCAUGCGAUGGCCUCGGUGUGUGGGGUGUAGGGUGGGGCACAAUGCACUAUUCGAAGUGUUUUGGGCAAGGAAACAAGUUAAAAAGGGUGAGGGUUAUCUUCAAAUCAAUUUCAAUAGCUAAAUUCCACGUGUUCAUCAUGAUUAAGGUCUACUUUUAUUCGCAUAACUAUUUCAAAGUUCUGCGCAAAUCAUUUUAAACUAACUUUUCAAAAGUAAGUGGUGCUCGCUAAAGCGGAAAUAUUUUUCGACAGUUAUAUCGUCAUUUGGUUAAAUGGGUCUGUACCAAUGUUAAAAUGUGGAAAAAUCUUCAGGAUACUACAAAUGUAUAAUUUUAUAGGAUUUUUUUUCUUUUUUUAUACGCACUGUAUAGUAACUGCUGCUUAUUUGUUAACCUUACUGGACAAUAUGCUUCCCGCCUUGGGUAAAAUACUGCUCAAAAUUGGUUGGACACAUAAUUAACCAUCCUGUUGGUUGAAAUUGUACCCAAUAUUUUUACAGAAGACGGGUGGUAAAUAAGGGGAGCGCUUCAGGAAAGGACUUGUCAGACGUUUUAUCUGACAAGUCCUGUUUUAUCCGACAGUUACCAUAGUAACAGUGUUUCUCAGCCAAUCAAAAUCAUGCAAAGUUGUCAGAUCUGGCAACUUGCCGGACGAAAAUGUUAAUGUUAAUUCUCAAUAUUUUCUUCAAUCUGAUCUUUGUAAAUCAUUUGCUGACAAUUUAUUUUAUGUCAAAAUAAGAUUGUAUAAGGGUUCACUCCCAUAUGCAAACCAAAAGAAAUAAAAUAAAUAUCACAAUGAACCGGUCACCAUGGGCGUUGAUCCAUGCUCCGGAUAGGGGGGGGGGGGGCGGGGGGGGGGGUACUAAGUGAAAUAAACAAUUUUUGUGUGUAAUUAUGCGGGCCAAAUUUAAUUACAUAAUUUUGCAUUGUAUUUUAAAGCUAUUUACAAUGGUUUUAUAAAGCUUUCAAAUACUUUUUAAAAAUAUAUUUGCAUUGCAUAUUACAUUUUAUUUUCAAAUUGUCAAAAUUAUUGGGAGGGGGCAAAUUGAUAUAUAUAUUUGCCCCUCCCCGUGGACGUCUCUACCGGUCAGUAUAAAACGUAUAAAACACUCUCCAAAGCUUACACCCUGCAGUGAGUGGAUGAAACAUAAACAUUUCUUCUUGUCCUUCUUAAUUAAUUCGAAUGUACUCUUUUGAUAUGAUUUUAACUGAAGUUUGAUGUUAAUUGGUAUGCGUUCCUUCGCAGGUAUUAUUCAAUAUAACCCUCUAUUGUAUACAAUGGAGCUUCUUGAAUGUACACAGUGUACAACAUCGUGUUGUAAUAUAAUAUUGAUAAUAAUAUUUUAAUUCUAUUAGAUGUCUGUAUGUAUUUAUAUUGGCCCCGAUGGAAAAGAAUUUCGUAAGAUCUCUUCUAGACAUAUGCAUAUCCAGUCAUCACUAAGC